AAAAUGGCGGCGGCAGGCAGUCCCGCUUCGCUUGAGUCUGCUCCACGAAUCAUGCGGCUGGUGUCUGAGUGCAGUCAUUCCAGAGCCCGGGCAGGCGAGCUGCGGCUGCCGCAUGGAACUGUUGCCACUCCUGUGUUCAUGCCUGUGGGAACACAGGCCACCAUGAAGGGGAUCACGGCGGAGCAGCUGGAGAGCCUGGGCUGCCGCCUCUGCUUGGGCAACACCUACCAUCUGGGGCUGAGGCCGGGUCCGGAGCUGAUCCAGAAAGCCCAGGGUCUUCACGGCUUCAUGAAUUGGCCUCACAAUCUGCUGACAGAUAGCGGCGGCUUCCAGAUGGUGUCCCUGUUCUCCCUGUCCGAGGUGACUGAGGAGGGCGUCCGCUUCCGCUCGCCCUACGAUGGCCAAGAGACACUUUUGAGCCCAGAGAGGUCUGUGGAGAUUCAGAACGCUCUGGGCUCUGACAUCAUCAUGCAGCUGGACGAUGUGGUGAGCAGCACAGUGACAGGCCCUAGAGUGGAGGAGGCCAUGCACAGGUCAGUGCGCUGGCUGGACAGAUGCAUUGCAGCCCAUCAGCACCGGGACAAGCAGAACCUCUUUGCUAUCAUCCAGGGGGGACUGAAUGCCGACCUUCGGACCACUUGCCUGAAAGAGAUGACCAAGAGGGAUGUCCCGGGCUUCGCCAUCGGAGGACUGAGUGGGGGAGAGAGCAAGGCGCAGUUCUGGAAGAUGGUGGCUUUAAGUACUUCCAUGCUGCCUAAGGACAAGCCAAGAUACCUGAUGGGGGUUGGCUAUGCCACUGAUUUGGUAGUUUGCGUGGCUCUUGGAUGUGACAUGUUCGACUGUGUAUACCCCACGCGGACAGCGCGCUUUGGCUCUGCCCUUGUACCCACUGGGAACCUGCAGUUGAAGAAACAGCAGUACGCCAAGGAUUUCAGUCCCAUAAACUCGGAGUGUCCUUGUCCCACCUGCCAGAAGCACAGCCGCGCCUUCCUGCAUGCCCUGCUGCACAGCGACAACACCGCAGCUCUGCACUACCUCACUGUGCACAACAUUGCCUAUCAGCUGCAGCUCCUGAGCGCCAUGCGAAGCAGCAUCUUGGAGCAGCGCUUUCCUGACUUCGUACGAAACUUCAUGCACACCAUGUAUGGGGACCACAGCCUCUGUCCUGCCUGGGCUGUUGAAGCACUGGCCUCUGUGGGAAUCACACUCACAUGACCUGGGUGCUGGGGAGGACACUGGAGCGUGGGGGUUCUGAAGGAUUGUUUUUGUAAAAAGAUUUUGUUGCUGCUUUUUGUUUU